GAUCCAGUCCUAGUUGUGCUCUUCUCCUUGCCAAAUAGAGUAAUUCUGCUUUGUGUUCUUGUUGAUUUGGGAUGUUAAUGGCUCAUCUGCGCUCUCUCCCCGCGGCAAAGGAAAUUUGCCCAUUUCUUGUGUCGUGUUUCAUGUGCCCUUUUGAUUUCUGCGUUUUCAUUUUGUCCUGCUUAUGGGAAGGAACUGUCAUCAAGUUUUGGUAGGAGUACCUUUUUUCGAAAAGGGGAUAGCCCCGGCCAGGUUUUGGUAGCUUAAAUCUUCCCUAGCAGAAGAAGAUCAGUCAAGUUUGGCACUGGGUUUAUAUAUUUUCUAAAAUUUGCAUAAGUGCAUCCAUCUAUUUGUCCCAAGUGAAAAUUUAUAAAGUUCCACAAGUUUAUAGAAAACAAUAGGAACAUUCACAAUAACAAAAACAUCUGAUGUCAAAAUAUAGCCAGUGAUGAAUCUAACGGUAUUGAUUUGGAAUUGUAUAUGUCAAUAAUUUCUUUAUAAACUUGGUCAAAGUUUAGAAAGUUUGACUUGAGACAAAACUAAUGUCCAGAUUAAAUAAAAACGGAGGGAGUGUCUAUUUUCUCUCCCUGUACGUGAGUUUGAUUUCAUGGUUUGUGAAAAGAAGUUCCAGACAUGACCGUAGCAAUUAUAGGAAGCAAACUAUCAUUACCUCUGAAAUAUGAGUGACUAUUGUUGAAGGGUCUAAAUCAUCUGGGAAUAUUCUUAUGUCCCUUGUGUACAUUCUUUUAGCAUAUUUCUUAGGUCAAUCUGGAUCAUUCUAUUGACAGCCUAGUACUCCCAAUUCAAAUGUAAUGCUUUGUUUUUCUUGCAUAAUGAUGUCUCUGGACAAGAUUAGACUUUUUGCACCCAUAUUUCUGAACAAUUUUUCAUUUUAGAUAUUGAAAUUUGAAAGGACUUGGAACUUGUAUGCUGCUUGACUGGAUAUUUAAGCUGCAGGGUUGGAUUGGAGCAAGUUUUCCAUCUCGAUUAUCAUUCUCAAGGGCACAAUGAGCACACAGAGUGUACUUCCUGUGAAAGAUAUCAUUGCUCCUGACAGCAUGGCUCACACCUGCAAUGUUCCACAACCUUCAGCCCAUCAAAUGUUCAAUGCUAAAUCUGAAAUUUACAGUUCGGCAGAUGGUAUUUCCCGCGUCUCAUAUGCUGACCUAUCAGACCCGAAUUCAUCGAGCUCUUCCACAUUCUGUGCAAGCAUGUACUCGGCGUCACCGACGAACUCCAAAUUAUGCUGGCAAAUCAGCGGUUUGCCUUUCCUGCCUCAUCCUCCUAAAUGUGAGCAGCAGCAGUUUUCAGCUGCGCAGUCAUCGAUCUCUGCUCUGUUGUUUGCUGCUGAUCACAGCGAUGGUGGUCAAGGUCAUGAUGAACAUUCACAUGAUCUCAAGGACUUCCUUAACCUCUCCGGCAAUGCUUCUGACAGUAGCUUCCGUGGAGGAGGCAGUUCCAUGGAUUUCAGUGAGCAGCUGGAGUUUCAGUUAUUGUCUGAACAACUUGGGAUUGCCAUCACCGACAACGAGGAGAGCCCUCGGUUAGAUGACAUAUAUGGCAUAGCGCCGCAAUGCUCACCUAGUCUACUAUCCCCUUCCUCUGACCAUGAGGAUCUGCGCAGUGGGGGUUCUCCGGUUAAAGUCCAGUUGAGUUCAUCACCUUCUUCAUCUGGAGCAACAACAUGUAGCAAAACGAGAAUGAGAUGGACACUUGAGCUCCAUGAGCGUUUUGUGGAGGCUCUGAAAAAGCUCGGAGGACUGGAAAGUAGGGUGAUCACUCUGUUAAAUUUUUGGGCUAAUUUUUUCUUGAAAAUAGAACCAACGUUUAGAUGUUUUGUUCCAUGUACAUAUCUUGCAGAGGCAACUCCCAAGGGUGUGCUGAAGCUUAUGAAGGUAGAAGGCUUGACGAUCUUUCACGUAAAGAGCCAUUUGCAGAACUAUCGACAUGUGAAGUAUAUUCCGGAGAAAAAAGAAGUGAAGAGACCAUGUUCAGAAGAUAACAAGGCAAAAUCAACAUCUGGAAUUGAUUCUGGCAAAAAGAAGAGUUUUCAAAUGGCUGAAGCUCUACGGAUGCAAAUGGAGGUUCAGAAACAGCUCCAUGAGCAACUAGAGGUGCAAAGGAAAUUACAACUGCGCAUAGAGGAGCAUGCAAGAUAUUUGCAGCGGAUACUAGAACAACAGAAGGCCAGAAAAUCUCUGGUACCGAAACCAGAGGAGAAAACAGAGGCCAGCACCACUUCAGCUCCGUCGCUGAAGUGUAAAAUUUCCGACACCGAAAUAGAACAGAACUUGCAAAUGGAUAGCAGAAGGCCAGAGCUACAACUUGAUCUUGAAAGUGAACCGUAAUGAACGAUCAUGGUGCAUGCUUUAAUCUUCUUGCCAUGUAGAGUUCUAGUGCUUGCAAUUGCAUAUAUCCUGUUUUCCUUGAAUAUACCUUAUGACAAGGUUCUAGCUAAGCCAGUGUAUAUAAGUAGUUCUGCUGCUUGUUUCCAGGAAUAAACAAGAUAUUCUCAUCUGUAAUUAAACUAGCAUUGCAGUUCAAACAUAGAUGUCACAAAGCUCCCUGUUCA